GUUGUCCCUCCCUUCAAGGGGCUGCGCGCGGCUUGUUUGAUGAAGGCCGUGGGCUGAUGAGGGCGGUGCGGCUAGGGCUGGCGAGGGUCUCGGAAACGGUGACUGCGACGCGAGAAACGUCCUUCAGAUUGCGCCGACCCGAACUCCGCACUCCGUGCCAUGGAGGAGGAGGACGCGCCAGCGGAGGCCAAAGACACCCGCUCCGCCUGCGAUGUAGCAGCAAGCGCUGCAAGGGGCGAGGCCGAUGAUUCUGACGAGCAGACGUUGGCGCGCCAGUUCUACGACGCCUACCGCUCCUUUGUGUCGCUGGUCAGGUUUGAGGAUGAGCCUCCCGAGCAAUCCGCGCUCGAUGAGCUGAGACGGGGCGCCUGAAGCGGAUCGCCUCGCGGGUGAUGCAGCUGCGGCUCUUCUCCCCCAACGAGGAGCUGGAGGACAUCAGUACGACAGAUCUGAAGUACUUGAUGGUGCCUUACAUGCUGGCAGAGGCGGCGGCAGCCUGUCGGGACAUGGAGCAACGCCUGCGGAGCUUGCGGGAUGCCUUGCUCUUCUGGCGCGCCUUCGCGGCAGACUGCCAGCGCCUGAAGCUGGGCCACGCCGCGGAUUUCGCGGCCAUGGACCGCGAGCGGGACCCCUCGGAUGCAGCGGCCAAGCGGGAGGAGAAGAUCGCGCGGUACAAGCGCUGCAAGGAGCUGGACGAAAAGGUGGCGUACCUGUUUAGCAAGAAGCGGGAGGACCUGGGUGAUGAGUACCAAUGGGGAGCUGGAAGCGCUUUUGACGAAGAGAUGGAGCGUGAGCUGAUUUUGAUGCUGUUGGGCAGGGCUGUGGCCUCUGUGCCGGACAACAUCCUGUCCGCCCAGCAGGAGAUGCCGCUGCUGGAGAUGAUGAUCGCCCGCGGCGGGCCCGGCAAGGGGCCCGCAAAGCCCCCACCGGCGGAGAAGCCCUACUUCGUCAAGAUCCAGGACCGGUCGGAGCUGCAGCGUCUCUACCGGGAGAUGGUGUUCCGGUGCCCGCACCCCAUGGCCACCAUGUCCAUCGAGGAGGCGGCGGACCUGGAGAUCCUGGAGAUGCGGGAGCAGGAGGCGGUGCGCGUGGAGAGGCAGAGCCUCCAGGAAGCCACGGAGGCCGACCGAUGGUGGGAUGGGGACCGCUACGGCGCCAAGGAGGACUGGGACGAAGAGCAGAAGCUCUACAAAGAUCGGGACUUUGACGCCUUCAAGGAUGAGAAUCCCUGGGGCUCCGGCAACAAGAUGGCCAACAUCGGCUGAGGCUGACUCAUCAGCCCGCUGGAAGUUUCGGGCGCCGCAGCGGUUGUUUGGGGUUUUGGGGAGGCGAAACCGAAAGGCGGGUUCCAUGAACAGCUG